AUGACUGAAUCCACAGUUGCUGCGGGAGCUGCUGCUGAUCCUGCUGCUCCUACCGAAUCAAAGGACUCUUCCGUAGCUCAGGCCACCGUCACUCUGAGUUCAACAACAACACCAACAACAACAACAACAACACCAAUACCAACAUCAAAACCCCAGCCACAAUACAGUCCCAAGAUAAUCACUUCUUUGGACUGUAAGUUGUUACAAUAUCAAUAUGGGAUUUAUAAAUUGGAAAAUUUCAUCACCAGUUUAAAGCGGUUACAUAGUUCAACUACGGAAAUUCCAAUGAUCCAUUAUAUCGUCUUGCUAACAGGAAGUGUCUUUGCCAUCAAUGAUAAAUCAUUUGAUUCAAGAUUUGACAAGCUAGCCAAUUUCAGACCAAUACAGAUUGGUACUGUCAACAUUGCUCCAAAUGUGUCUCAUAUCCCCUACGACAUCCCUGAUUUACCUGUACUGGCACUAGAUGACUUCCCAUCACUCGAAGAUGCAUUAAAGUGUUUAAAGCAGGUUGAGAUUUUGACUCAAGUUUGUUUAUCAGGAUACAAGAAAAGAUUGGAAUUGGCCAGAGGGGAUAAAGAAAACUCAACAAAGGGUACUAAUCUUGAAACGUAUUACUCCAAGGUGGAUUCUAUAAUCUCGCAUGACAUAUUCCAUCAGGAUAUUGAUCUUCAAUUGAAUGAUGUAUCAUUUCCUAUAACCGACGAUCAACAAUCAAAUAUUCAACAUUAUGAGGAAGCUUCAUUGAUCGAUAUGGAUCUCAAAGAGUUGUUUGUAAUUAUCCAGCAGAUGGAGAAACUGUUGGCCAAGUUGAAACCAGAGAUCAACACAUUGAAAAAGUCCCAAGUUGAUGAUUCUUUUGCCCUACACAAGAUUUUCCUUCUCACCUCCAGAUUGAAUGAAAUUUACACCAUUGUACGAAGAUUCGGUCGAAAAAUUUACCUUUCCAAUCAUCAGCAUCUUGUUGAUGCCAAAUUCUUGCAUCAUUGUCCCAAUGCCGCCUAUUUCAAGACCAAUGUAUUGAAAAAUAUGGAUGACUACUACAAUUCAAUGAAGAAAAAUGGUACACUUAUUGCAAAUAUUACAAGACUCAUACGCCAAGAUACCAGAUUGGAAAUAAACAGCAAGAAUGUCAGCACACACAUUAAUUUCGUCGUUCAAGGUUUGAACGUUACUGAAAAAUGUCUAAAUGUGCUAAAAGAGUUUGGCUUAUCUUGGAUUGUUUCUGAAAGAAAGUUUCGAAAUGUUUACAAUUUACCAAAGGGAAAUCUAAACAAAAUCUUCGAAAGUGUAAGCGAGUUGAAACCUAAACCACCACCACAAGCAAAAGUAGCAUCAAAGACACAACAGCCAUUGACUUUGAAACCAAGUAGCCAUCAAACUUCAGCCAUGGAAAGGCAUUUGAAAAGUUUAGACUUGAAUGAUAAUGGUGGAGGAAGACGAUCUCGGUCCUCAUCAACUUCCAGUGUCAAUAGUAAUGGCAGCAAUUCAUCCACUCCAUCCUCGGGAUUGAUGAGAAGAGGUUCAUUGACGUCACCUAAUAAGGGGGUUUCAACUUCAAGGGUUACUUCACCAAGAGCCAGACCCAACUCAAUGUUGUUUCAGCAACAACAACAUAAUUCCUCAACGUCAAGUCUUGAGAAUGGAGACGCUGGUGAUGGGAAGGCAGCGACUAGCAUACUGGUAAGUCAGAAUGCAAAAAUUCAAGGUCGUCAGAGAUCGAAUUCACAUCCACUUGCAAAUGAAGUCAUAGCCACGUCGGGCGCAGCAGCAGCUUUGAAAGCAAGCGGGACAAAAGCCGCUUCUCCUUACAAGCAACUGCAGCAGCAACAGAAAAAGCAAGAGCAGGGAAAUGCCGAUGUACAACAAAAUCAGUCACAACAACGCAGCCCGCAAAGAGCACAACUGCCCCCGCAAACAGAAACCAACGCAAAAGUCUUGAAUGGAGAUUCCUAUAGCUCCAUCACAAAGAAGUUGCUAGCUGUUAGUGAAGAAAGCACCGAAGAGGAUGCUUCCUCAGGUGUGAGACGUUCUGCUUCACAAAGACUUCAACAACAUAUUAGGGAUGCGGCGAAAUCAGGCGACAUGAUGACAACACAAAGGGAAACAUUCAACUCUGUUGUGUAUGAUCCCAAUCAGUCAAACCAACUUCACAUGAAGCGAUACAUUGAUAGACCAAAAACAACUGAGUCGCAGUCCCCGGAGCCUACGUUAUCGCACCCUCCCUCUCUGGCAACAACUGUAAACUCAACUUCAACCGAGGCUGCUCAUGCAAAGACUCAAAGACAGCCAUUACUUAGAACAAGGGAUCAAGUGACCCGAAACAAUACCCAGAGGAAUAGUUUCAUUCCUGAUGUACCAACAAAGGCGCUGGCGGUGGAUAGCCAACCUGUUUCACAGGAUAAUUCUUCCAAUUCAACUGCCGCUUCCUCGUCCACCUUGGGUAGCAGCGUUGAAGACAUACCGCAAGCUGGGCCAGCACCAACCACGACAACUUCCAUUUCUCAGAGCGAGACCAGCACUGAUGUAGUGUCUGGAUUGGACGAUCAAACCACUUUGAUUGUCGGUACCACCAAUGAAGGUGCAACAUCAGUCACCCAAUCCACCCCACCGAUAAUCAAAAAAGUUCGAUUCACUGGAGUUCCCGAGUAUACCGCUGCUGAGGAUGCACCAACAAAGUAUUCGCAUGCGAUAUUGAGAAAUUUUGCAGUUUUCCGCUCACCUUCCAAGACGAACAAGGAACGCAAACACUAUUUCACCAAGAGUGAUCAAUUGCUAAAGGAAGAAAGCUUGUCAUUUAGAGCUAAUCAAACAUUGAACGAGGGUGAGCCAGUCUUGCCAUCGCAGGUGAUGCCACAACCAAUUCCUCCAGUGUCGACUACAAAGAGGGGGUUGGGAUUGUCCAAAUUUAGGUUCAAACUGCUGUAA